CCCGCCUUGGGUGAGCCUGAGGAGGGAGGAUGGUGGCAGAGAAGAGGGGGUGUUUCUGGGUGCCCCCUGGAGUCCUUUCUUUACACUCUGUUCUUCUCUUUGCUGUGAUCUAGGGGUAAGUUGUGAUGGGAUGGGAUAGAGGGAUGGAGAUGGGUGAGGCUGUCACAAACUCCUGUGCAAGGCUGACACUGGGACUGGGUGUGGGUUCGGGGCCUGAGCACUGGGUCGCCCCUCCUUGGCCAAGCAGCGGGCGGAGUUGAGGAAGAGGGCUGCAUAGGAAGAGAGCGUUUCCACCCCAAGGCCAGACUUUACCGGUCAGAAUAAGUGGGACACUCUCCAAACCCAGAAGCUGGUCUGGAACACGUGGUGGAGUUUCCCCCAGACAGGCUACACAUGAGAAGGAGGGCAAUUGUGGCCUGGAUUUUACUCAGAGAGGCUCCUGCCUGCUGUUUGGAUCAGGCAGAAGCUGUGCGGCAGGUUUUCACCCACCUCCUCUCUCCCCGUGCAUGUGCCCACAACGAAUUGGGACCUUCUCUCUUCCACCCCUCAUCAAGAACUUUGGCAGGGGAGAGAGCUUUGAUGGGACCCCCGCCCCCCGGGUGCCACCACUCUCCCACAAUUGUCUCCUGGGGGGGACACAAAAUGUGGGUGGGAAUGGGUUGGCGCCCCCCGCAGCCUCAUUCUCUGUCAGGGAGGAGGUGCCAGGGCUCAGGGUGCUCAGCCUGUGCCCACCUCCAGUUCUGGUGCAGGAUUGCCCUCCUCUCUCAGGCAUCUCGUGGGACUCUUGUUCUCAGGUUCACUCUGGCCACUCCUUCUCCUUCUUCUUCUCCUUCUUCUCUCUCUUCUCCCUCUUCUCUCUCUCUCUCUCGUUUCUUUUUUGAAAGAAAGCAAUGGAUAAAAACCCAAUGAUUUUCGCUGGAUUUUAUUCACGUAGGUGUGUGGGGGAUCAGGCCCCCGUCCAGGAAGGUGGCGGGCUGGCUCCCUCGGAGGACCGUGACGGGGCUGCUGCAGCGCGGAUCCUAAAUCCUUACAGUUCGGCCUCAGGACUCCUGUUGCCCAAAUAAAUGCCUCCCUCUUUGUGUGUCUCUGCUCUUGAGACCCCGUAGCAUAAAGGGCCCCGUCCAAUGGUACUAGUAUGACGCUUACUCUGUGAUCUUGCUACUGUCUCGCUGAUGCCUGUCUUCUCUCUUUGUCAUUGCUUAAUCGUGUGCCAAGACUUUGGUCAUUUGAACUGCGUUUUCUGCUCCUGCCUCCCCUCUUGCCUCCCUUCCCACCCACUCCCCCUGCCUCACCCCUGCUUUAUUUAAUUAACACCACCAUUUUUUUUUCCAAUUGCAGAUUUAUUCAAGAUGGUGCGUAGCCCCAUCCAGCACCCUAAAUGUUAACUCUCUUUGCUGUCUCCCCUCCCCCUUCCCCCACCCAAUCGGAUGCUCAGAUUGGGCUCCAGUCUGUCUACAUCAUAGAUGCUGGCAAGACGGCCCUGGUGGAGGGGCUGCGGGUGGCCCCCUGGGAGCGCGGGAAGGGCGUGGCCGGGGUGUUGCAGCGCUUCUGCACGGAGAUGGUGAAGGAGAAGUACCCAGGCGUCCAGGUCUCACGUCUGACCCGGGAUGACAAGCUGGGGCCCAGGGACUUCAAAAAAUACCGUGUGAUUGCAAAACAGGGCAUCCUGCUGGUGCGUUUCAGUGCUCAGGAGCUCCUCUCCCGGCUGGAGGCCAACGUGCAGGCACUGCUGGAGGGGGGCUUCCGUCCAGAGGCCUCGGAGCUGCUCUCUGAGAGCGACGUGCCGGCCGUGGUGCUGCAGGAGAGCUUCCGGCGGGAGGUGCUGCCCAACCAGACCAUCAUCCAGGACUGGCAGCCCUUCAAGGCCAUGGAGAGCAACCUGGGCCUGCUGCAAAAGAAGGCGCUCAGCUGGGUGGUGGACAAGAAAGAGCGCCCCACCGUGGCCACCCUCAGCACCCCGCCCUUCCCCAUCCCACUGGGCCAAGGCUGGUUCUACCUGAACAUCGAUGUCUUUGGCCGUGACCUGGCCCACAUCAAGAGCCAGCUGCUCCGCCACCUUCGCCUGCAGGUGGCCCCGCUCCAGGGCCACGUCAUGUGCCAGCUCUUCCUGGAGCCCUCCCUCUGGCUGGCGAUGGCCACUUUCUGCCAGGAAGCCCUGGGCCUGGAGCUGGCCAAGGGCUACACUGAGCAGUACCUGCUGGAGUCAGACAUCUGACAGGCAGGAAGGGGAACAGGUGGCCUGGAGGAGGUGUGGGCGGGGAGUGAGCCGGCUGCGGCAGCCACCGCAAGAGCCAUUGUCCCCCUCCCCACGCCAACACAACACCCCUUGUCUCCUGCAACACAGCACUUUCUGAGCCUUUUAACCUUUUAUCCUGGAUAUACUUGGUCCUCCCCCAACAGCCCUUGAUGAUGGAAUGGUCCCCAUGACAAGGAGGAAAGGCCUGCCCGGACUCCUCGCCCAGCCUUCCUGAGCAGCCACCGUUGGGUUGUAGGAGUGUGUGUGGAGCCCCUCGGCAGGCCCACAAUGUGGUGUUACUGGCUUGCCCUCCACGCUGCUUACCACCAAGGCCCAGAAACCCCCAUCUUCCCUUGCAGGAGAGCCAGGAGGGAGGGAAGGAGGGCAGGCAGGCAGGCAGGCAGGCAGGCAGGGGCCCUUUGCCGCUGUUUCGUGACUGUUGAGCUCCGGACCAAACGCUCCUGCCCAUCUCUCCUGGCCUGGCUGGAUGAUUCUUUCCAAUGCUUGCUCCUAGUCCGAACUAGAUUGGGACAAGGACCAGUUCGGGAGCCUUUGUGCUCAGCUGCCACCUAGGAACAUUUCUGCCCAUGGGCUGACUCACCUGCACACCCCUCAGAGCCAGGAGCAUGGCUUUGUUUGAAAGGAGAGCAGGGGUGCUCUGCUUGCUGCGGUCUGCUCAGUGGUUUGGAGCAAUGGACUUUGGCAUAGCAUGAAACCUUGGCUGCCAUUCCUUCAGACCACCCCUCCCACCCCAGCUUUGUCAGGAGGGUGUACAGGGAACGAGGCAUGGUGGCCACACAGGAAGAACCCCUUCACACCACAGCUUUCUCUAGUCCACCUCUCCCUCCCCACCAGGCACUUAGUAGCAGCUGAUAGGGUGACAGAUAGCCUCCCUCCUCCAACUUGACAUGGUAGCAAAUGAGGGAGCCUAGCAACCUGGCUGACGCACAGGGCGGCUGCACCUGGCAACGGUUGGCAUGGUGAUGUAGCCUAGCAAUGCAGUGACCGAUGGAGGGGCAUCAAGGUCACUGUAACCUUCAGUCUCUCUGUAGUGGACCCUGCUUUGGAUCUCUGUGGACCCUUCCUCAACCCCCCACCCAACUGCACUUUCCCCACAUUUUCUGUAGUGCCGCUUUCAGACUGACUAAUGUGCAAUAUUAGAAUCUUGUAAAUGGAGAUAUAUUUAUAAAUAUAUGGUGUGCAGAA